AUAGAAGUCUGCGAAAGCCUGUGGACUCACAACUUUGAAGCCACGUUUACUUCUUCUUUUUUUGUUUGCGAAAAAUACUCAAAAAUGUUUGCGCAUUGCACAAAGUCAUCGCUGCCGGCGGCGGACGCCCACCUACCAACGCCGCGGUUCCCAAAUCCACGGCGGAGUCCGGCGGCGGAACUUCAUUUCGGCUUCAAUAGUUUUUCUACUAGAACAUCGAAACUGCAAGUCAAAGCUUUGGACCGGAACAGUAACAACAGUAGCACCGGUGACGGCGUCGGCGCUAGUAAGAACGCCGCUUCAUCGCCGUCAUCAUCGGUUCCGAACACGAACUACGUGGUGCCACUAGACAAGGCUUCGUCUUGCAUUACUCGUCCCUUGGCCGAGAUCCUACGUGACCUGAACAAGAGAAUUCCUGAUAACAUCAUCAAAGCUGAUAACAAUGAUGAUCACUCCACCUUUAUCACCUGGUACCAUGCUAACCGGAUGUUGAGCUUCUACGCUCCAGGCUGGUGUGGGGAAGUACGAGAUGUCAUUUUCUCAGAUAAUGGAAGUGUGACAGUUGUUUAUCGUGUCACUAUACGCGGAUCAGAUGGAGAGGCACACCGCGAAUCAACUGGAACAGUAUCACCAGGAAAUGGCCAGUACACAGAUCUGGUUGCUGCUGCUGAGGAGAUGGCAUUUUGCAGAGCAUGUGCUCGUUUUGGGCUUGGCUUAUAUCUGUAUCAUUAAUAAGAAUAGUCGUGUAGACGCUACAAACUGGACAGUUUUGAAAAUGCUGUUGAAGGUCCUUGUACACCACAGAGCAAGAAACAUGAUGAAAUAUUUAUUACGCGGGAUGAUGUAAAAAUAUUAUUCAUGAGGAUUGUUAGUUAUGCACUAAGAAAGUACUAAAAUUAUGGUCAUGGUCAUGGAGAAUGAGGCCUCAAAAUAUGAAAAAUAGGAAAAGAUAUCAGAUAUCUUCUAUUGCAUUAUGUAUAACUUAUUCUCCCUGUUGUUCUACAGAACUGUAUCGUAUGUAUUUGUUAGAUUGUAAUGCCUCAGUAAUUGAUACUAUUUAUAUUAUUUUUGUA